AUGAUGGAAACUAUUCGUACUACAAGUUCCCGUUUAACUUCAAGUUUCAGAAAUGUUUCUGGGUUAAAUAAUACUAAUAAAUCAUUCUACAGUACAGCUUUGAGUACUAUUGUACUACAUGAGGGUGGCUAUAUCGGUGGUCUAGUCAAUGAGGGUAAUACUUGUUUCAUGAAUAGUGUGUUACAAAGUUUAGCAUCUUCUAAAGAAUUAAUGGAAUUUUUAGAUAAUGAAAUUAUAAAGAGGGCUCAAGAUGAUGAAGACGACGAAGACGAUGAUGAUGACGAUGAUGAUGAUGAUAAUUAUGAUGAUGACUAUAAUAAUGAUAAUAAUAAUGAUAAUGAUAAUGAUGGCAAUGGUAGAAAUAAAGAAAGGGAUGGUCCAAAUGAUGCUAAGGAAGCAUAUCAAGAACGAAAUCUUAAUGAAGAUACCCUUAUGGAAAACACAAAAUCAGUCAAAAAUGAAAUUGAUAAUAAGGGACAAUAUAAAAGUCAUGUAUCUUCCAAAAAUAAAAAAAAAUCACAUGGUAAAUCCAAAAAAAUUAAGAAAAAGAAAAAGAGAUAUUCAUCUUCACUAUUGUUUGAUGAAGAUGAGUCCAUUAAUAUUGAAUUUACUUUAGCUUUAAAAGACUUAUUGGACAAAUUGAAUGCUAAGCAUUAUAAAAACAGACCUUAUUUUAAAACUAACAAGUUGUUGAAAACAAUGAGUAAAGCGCCAAAUAAAAAUAUUAUUUUGGGCUAUGAUCAAGAAGAUGCACAAGAAUUUUUCCAGACAAUACUAACAGAACUGGAAAAAAACGUCAAGAGUGUUAACCAUGAGCCAUUAAAGAAAAGCAAACAACUUCAAUCAAUAGAAAAAGAGCCGGUUUUUAAAUUACCCGAAGACGCCUUAAUGGCACAAGAUUCAUUGUCCAAAAUUGGUACCGUGUAUAUUCCAACAAUCCAAAUAGAUCCAAAUCUUGUUGAUAGGAAGCAAGAGGCCAUAAAGAAUGAUACUGCUCAAGUUGGUAAUGGAGAUGAAAAAAAGUUUUUCACUCCGUUCAAAUUAAUUACACCGGUAGACGGUAUAAGUGCCGAGCGUAUUGGUUGUUUACAAUGUGGUGAGAAUGGUGGUAUUAGAUACAGUGUCUUUUCUGGGUUAAGCUUGAAUUUACCCAAUGAAAAAUUCGGAGUGACUUUAAAAUUAUCUGAGUUGUUGGAUGAAUGGUGUAAACCUGAAAUCAUAGAAGGUGUUGAAUGUAACCGUUGUGGACUACUUGCAAUUAAAUCGCAUUUGUCACAAGAAUUGGAAAACAAAGAUGUCCCUGAAAAAUUGAAAAAUUUGAUUGAAGCUAGAUUGAAUGAAAUUAAUAAAGUUUUAAGUAAACAGGUCAUUGACGAUUCUAUAUAUAAAAAAUUGAAAACAGAUAAUAUGGUUCAAAAAUGCUCAAAAUCAAAACAGAUUUUGAUUUGUAGGCCACCGCCAUUACUAUCGAUUCACAUAAAUAGAUCGUGCUUUGAUAUGCGCACCUAUGCCAUUAGAAAAAAUAAUUCCAGGGUUGUUUUUAAAAGUAGAUUGAAUUUGAGUUCAUGGACAUGUUCUCCAGAUGAAAUUAAUUUAGAUGCCAGGUUGCCAAUGUCUAAAAAACACACAGAUGAACGUUCUUCUUCGAGUGAGGAUGAAGCUGUUGGUGGCGAAUACUAUGCUAGAUUACACCACAGGUUUGAAAGGGAAUUUGAAGAUAGCAGUGAAGAUGAAGAAGAAGAAGAAGAAUACACAGGUCGUAAUAUCGCCACUGAAUAUAGUCCAUUAGCUGAUGAUUUGACAAAUAAUACCAAUAACCAAAGGCAACAAUGGGAACAGGAAGAAUUAAUGGUUGAUUCUUUAGGUAACACAAUUACUCCUGCUAAUAACACCAACGUAGCGGAACAGUUUGAUGAAGAUUAUACUGAAGAACAACAACUUGAACUUCAAGAGGAGGAGGAAGAUGAUGGUGAUGAUAAUGAUGAUGACAGCAUUAGUGAAAUUAAUAUGCCAACAAUCAGUUCAUUAUCUACAUCUGUACCAUCUGGUCCAUUAACAUAUUGUUUACGCUCUGUUAUUGUUCAUUAUGGAACGCAUAACUAUGGUCAUUAUAUUGCUUUUAGAAAAUAUAGAGGGUGUUGGUGGAGAAUAUCCGAUGAAACUGCUUAUGUUGUUGAUGAACAAGAAGUUUUGUCUACUCCUGGUGUUUUUAUGUUGUUUUAUGAAUAUGAUUACGACGAAGAAACUGGAAGAAUGAACGAUGAUAUAGAAAGAGAAAGACUAGAAAAAGAAAUUGAAAUUGAAAUGAUUAAGGAGGAACAAAAGCGUCAACAAGAGGAGGAGGAACGUGGUAAUGAAUUUGCAGAUAGUGAUGAUGAAAGUAACACUGAAACUGAUGAACACAGGAAUAAAGAAGAAUUUGUAAAGAAUGAGGAAAAUAGUGGUGAAAAUGAUAUUAAAAUACAAGUAGAUGAAUAA